AUGUUUUUCCCAUGCCAAGCAGUGUAUUUCCUUUUCUUCUUUGCUACAGCGACCAGUGAAUGUAUAACUCAACUUUAUGAAAACACCUUCUUCAAGGGAGGAGAUGUGGGGGCGGUAUACACCCCAACUGCUAAGCAUUGCCAGAAAGUGUGCACCCUCCACCCCAGGUGUAUACUGUUUAGCUUUCUACCUGCAAACUCCAUUAAUGAUGAGAAUAAAAGAUUUGGUUGCUUCUUAAAAGACAGCAUUACUGGAACCCUCCCAAGAAUUACAAGAAGAAAUGCAUUUUCUGGGCAUUCUUUAAAACAAUGUAGUAACAAACCAAGUAUUUGUGACAAGGAGAAGUAUGAAGGGCUUGAUAUGAGAGGAGUGAAUUUGAAUAUAACCAAGGUGAACACUGUUGAAGAAUGUGAAAAACAAUGUACAAAUCAUGUCUUCUGCCACUUUUACACUUAUGCCACACAAAAGUUCUACAACCUGCAGUUUCGAAAUACAUGUCUGCUGAAGCACAGCCAGUCAGGAACCCCCAGUUCCAUCAAGAUGUCGGAUGGCUUGGUGUCAGGAUUCUCCCUGAAGCCCUGUGGACUUUCUAAUUUGGCUUGCCCAAUGACUGUUUUUCAAGAUCUCUCAUUUUCUGGUGAAAAUGUUGGCAGUGCGAUUGCCCCAGAUCGUUUUGUAUGCCAGACUAUUUGUACCUACCAUCCUAAUUGCUUAUUUUUUACAUUCUAUACAAGCAACUGGCAUAUAGAAUCACAAAGAAAUACGUGUUUUCUUAAGACAUCAAACAGUGGAAAACCAAGUUCUGAAAUACCACAGGACAAUGCUCAAUCAGGAUAUAGUCUUCUAAUCUGCGAUUAUGUGUCUGGUUACAAGUCUUUGACUAGCACAGACCAAAGCCAUUCGGAAUUUUAUCAUGGCAUGACCUUUGAAGGGGAUGAGUUGGAAGAUGUCUAUGUUCAAGGACAUGAAGCUUGUCAACAACAUUGCACAAACACAAUCCGCUGUCAGUUUUUCACAUAUACAAGCCUCAGAGGAGAAUGCAAGGAAGACAAGUGUAAAUGUUCCUUAAAAAUAUCUUCUGAUGGUUCCCCAACUAAAAUAAUACAUGGGACAGGAGGUAUUUCUGGUUAUUCGUUAAGACUACGUAAAGCUCCAAGUGUCUCUGUGUGCAAGAUCCAAAGUGGAAGAGUUACGGGAGGAAAGCCAGCUUCCCAGAAAGAAUGGCCAUGGCAAGUCUCCUUACAAGUCAAACUGAGAACACAGAGUCAUGUAUGUGGAGGCUCAAUCAUCGGGAACCAGUGGAUCUUAACAGCUGCCCAUUGCUUUGAUGGCCUAACAUCACCUGAUAUUUGGAGAAUUUAUGCUGGCAUUUUAAAUCAAUCAGAAAUACAGGCAGACACUCCUUUCUCCAGAGCUAAAGAGAUUAUUAUUCACCAUCAAUAUGAAGUUUCAGAAACAGGACAUGAUAUUGCCUUAAUAAAGCUUGAAGCUCCCUUGAAUUUCACUGAUUCCCAAACAUCUUGCUGCUUGCCUAUAGAAGAAAACAUAAACCACAACUGCUGGGUGACUGGUUGGGGCUAUACCCAGGAAAAAGGUGAAAUCCAAAACACCCUCCUGAAGGUUAACAUUCCCUUAAUAUCUAAUGAAGAAUGCCAGGAAAAGUACCCACAAUAUAAAGUAACUGAUCACAUGAUCUGCGCUAGUGAUAAAGAAGGGGGUAAAGAUGCUUGUAAGGGAGAUUCAGGUGGUCCCUUGUCUUGUAAUUACAAUACAAAAUGGCAGCUAGUUGGCAUCACCAGCUGGGGAGAUGGUUGUGGUCAAAAGGAUCACCCAGGGGUUUACACCAAAGUGUUUGCGUACUUGGACUGGAUCCUGGAGAACACCCGAAACUGAAUGACUUUCCUGAUGGAGCCGUCUUCUUGUGAAUGGUCACGAGAGGCUGUGAAAGUCCUUUACAAAUAUGCCGGCUACAAAAUGUAACAACGCAUUUGGAAGACUGUCUCCACGUCAGCCAGCCAUUUUCUCCUUUGGGAUCAUCAGAAUCAGAUUUGAAUGUCUCUAAUGUUUAUGUAUUAGCUGUCACCACAAGAAGAAAGCCAGAGGGUGGUUUUUGUUUUUUUUUUUUUUUUAAUUUGGUUUAUUUGGGUAUAGCAAAAACAGCUGUCUCAUAUUGGGAUCACCUUAUAGAGAGCACCUAAAAGUUUGGAGGAGUACGACUUCCUGACUUCAUUGCUAGGAUUUUAGAUGGUCUGGGACUCCUCUGCUUCUAUUUUUCUCCUUUUUAAAAUUAAAAUUUUAUUACACCAUUCAUCACAUGUAUAUAUGGGGACGUGAUCUCGGCUUUAGGCUUUAAAAGAUCACUCUAUCUAUACCAAAAAUGAAUAGUGUGGAAAUAGGUAUCAAGUGAUAACAUUUGCAUAACCCAGUGGAAUUGCUUGUUGGCUCUGGGAGGGGGAAGG